GCGCAUGCGCACACCGGAUCAGAAUGUUGAGCAAAACGGACUAGAGAACAGACGGAAAGACCUGCAAGCAAAUUCAAACAUAUUUUCUCAUUAGCGAAGUGAACGACUGUCGACAUAGAAUAUAACUUAUAAAAACAUGACGGAGCCCCAAUCAGCACUGUUACUCAGGAGACAGCUAGCAGAACUAAAUAAAAAUCCUGUGGAAGGUUUUUCAGCCGGUUUGAUAGAUGAUAAUGACCUCUACAGAUGGGAAGUGCUAAUAAUUGGUCCUCCUGAUACACUCUAUGAGGGUGGUGUCUUCAAAGCCCAUCUUACAUUUCCCAAAGACUAUCCUCUCAGGCCUCCUAAAAUGAAGUUCAUAACAGAAAUAUGGCAUCCAAAUGUUGACAAGAAUGGUGAUGUUUGUAUUUCGAUAUUGCACGAACCGGGGGAGGAUAAAUACGGCUACGAGAAACCAGAAGAGCGUUGGCUCCCCAUCCACACCGUAGAGACCAUUAUGAUUAGUGUCAUCUCUAUGCUAGCUGACCCCAAUGGAGAUUCCCCUGCCAAUGUUGAUGCAGCAAAAGAGUGGAGGGAAGACAGACAUGGUGAAUUCAAAAGAAAAGUUGCCCGCUGUGUGAGAAAGAGCCAAGAGACUGCCUUUGAGUGAAAUUCAUCUAGCAGCUUGUAGCUUCACUAUUUUCAGGGUCUCCAGUUGAGAAAAAACAUGGCACUGUUUUCUUGCACUCUACCACCCUAUUGCUGGACUGGUUUUCAUUGAAUGUUGGCUGUAACAGACUGGCAUUAGGCUGCAAUAGAACAUAAGGCCAUCACAGAUGCUGACAGAACACGCCAAGCAAGUGCCAACAAAAAAGAGAAAAAAACAACAACUUACAAACAAUUACGCUUUUUUCCUUCUUUUUUUUCCCUCCAAGUCUACGAACUGAUACAACUUUUCAGGAAGAGAUUGUAAAGACGUGUACAUAGCACAGACAUAAAAACCGGAUAAUAUAUAAUAACUUGUUCCUAUCCAUCCAGCAGGACUUAGUACCAAAUAAAAUAGCAAUUCUGUAGUUAGAGUGUGACAUCAUGUACAGUUCUUGAAGAGUAUAGUUCAUCUCCUACCCUCCACCUCCUGCUGCCUCACAUCUCUUAGUGUGCAUCAGAUCUGAUACAUCUGCAAGCAGCCUCACGUACUCGCCUGUCGGUUUGAACAAAAGUCACUCAAACUCAAUCCAGUUUUAGGGUGGGGAUGGAAGGGUUAAGCUAUAAUUAGGACUCAAAGCAUGCUCGUCAUGUUGGAUGGCUUUCUCACUCGGGACACUUCAGGUAAAAAUAGCUGUAAAGCACGUCAAUUUCUUAUUAAUUAGGGGUCAUGAAGGUGUUUCUCUGAUUUGGUUUUUAAAAAGUGUGGGUUGGGAGGUGGGGGGGGGGGGUACUCUUAUUUUGGCUGAAAGGUUGACUGCAUUCUGAGUGUCAGGUUCUCAUCUUUUGUCUUGUCUGUUUGAGGCGGGAAGGCAAUGGCAAGGAAACCCAUCAGAUGUGAUUUUCUUUUUUUCCCCCCUGCAUGUUAUGUUCUCUUUUGUUUUCAAAAGUGCCUCCAAUUUAAAUCGCUUGGCUUGUUACAUGCCCUGCAUCAAACGGGAGCUUAAGGGAGGAACGUGUUUAAGAACUGCUUAACAUCCUCUCAAGAUUGUGUGAAUGUGUAAGGUUUUUUUUUUUUUCCAUAAACUUUGUACCAGCAUUCUGAAUUAUUUGGUGUAGCAAUAACUGCGUUGCCCACUUUCCGAGGACAUCCUAAAAUUGGAUAUUCAUAUGAGAUUUCGAGUAAAGAUUAUCCCCUGUAUCGGAACAGAUUUUUGUGUGUGUGUGUGUGUGUGUGUGUGCUUGACAUCUCUUUUGUGUGGUUUCUUUGAUAGGUUUCUUAGCCAUGCUUUAAAUGUAGAUUUCUUGCUAACAGUUUCUGGGAUUUCAGAUGAGGUGUUUGUGUUUAAGGGUGAGUGAGCAUUAAGUGUGUGUGUGUGCGUGCGUGCGUGUGCAUGCCUGUUUCCCAUCCUCUCUCCCACAAUCUUUAAUUCUCUGGUUAAUUUUAUUCUGGCUCUGACAGACUACUGCAAUUCUUUUGCCUAAUGUACAAAGACAAAAUACCGAUGUAUAUUUUUCAUGUUAUGAAAUUGUCACCUCUAGUGAGUUCUUCUAAAAUAUAAUUUUUUCCAAUA